CCAUCCCAUCCCAUUGUGUAAAAGGGGGGGAGUAGUUUCCGAGUUCACUCUGCGACUGGAGGAAGAGAACUCGCCCUGUUGUGGGCGAUUUGCGCAUGCGCCUGUAGCUUCUCGCGCGCGCGCUGGAGUGGGCUGAGGUGCUGUUGCCGUGGGAGCGCGUGGGGGCAGAAUGAGCACGAGCUCCGUCUCCAAGGUGGGUGGGAGAAGAGUCGCUGCGCCCCCCGCCCGCCCUGCCCGCGGCAGCCCCGCUGGCCCGCGCGCUGGGGCCCUGUUUGGUAGCUCAGCCCGCGCGUCCGGCGGCCUAGUCAGCGGUGUCCGGGCGGCUCCCGCGCCGCGCUCUGUGCUGACGGGGGGACACGGGUUCGCUCCCCGGCUGUCCGCCCAGGGUGCUGGGGGGACUCCCCCCACGGGAGCCCCGCCAGUUGGCGCGGAAGGAUGGAACCUGGAGUGGAGCCCCCCCUCCCCCAGGCAAGGACGUGGGGCUGGAGAAGAGCCCGUUGUCCUGUGGGGCUGCUGGCCCGACCCUGGGGCUGCUUUGUGUUUAAACCAAGUUCCAAGAAGAGAAGGAUAUCUUCACAAACAGCUGACUAUUUUAGUGAAGGUAAAAAUGAUUCAGAGGACAGUGGUCUUCGAUUUGCUACUUGUCAGUUGUUAUGGAAGCAGAUCAAUUCCGAAAUGGAGAAAAUACAAGAAGAACUGAAUAAACAAUUAUUUGAUAACUUAAUAAGUUUUCUGAGACAAUCUCACUCUGAAUUCCAAACAAAGAAGACAGAAUGGAUGUGUCGGAUGAAAUCCAGUGAAAUUCCUACUGCAGCUCUUGUCCUAGGUGUAAAUGUUACAGAUCAUGCAAUGACAUUUAAAAGUCUCUCAGAGGUUCUUCAGGAUAACGUUACUCCUUAUGUAGUCUCACUGCAAGCCAAAGAAUGCCCAGGCAUAAAACAUCUGCUGCAGAAACUGAUGGGACAGCUAAUGGACUGCUCUGUAGAUGUGGACUCAUCUGAGGAGGAUGAAUGUGUUAACAUUUCCCAGAAAAAGAUACACUGCUCAAUGGCUUCUCUUUCCAAAUGGUAUGAGAGUGUAACAAAGAAAACAGGUUCUGAAACUCCAGGCAAAAAAAGAACUUCCUCUUCCAGGCACUGGCAAUCUCCUCCAAUUGUGGUUAUCUUCAAGGACAUGGAAAGUUUCACAACGAAAGUACUUCAGGACUUCAUAGUUAUCAGCAGUCAGCACAUACAUGAAUUCCCUCUUGUACUCAUUUUCGGAAUUGCCACGUCUCCAAUGAUCAUCCACAGGUUACUUCCUCACUCUGUUUCUUCUCUGCUGUGUAUAGAGCUUUUCCAGUCUCUUUCUUGCAAGGAGCACCUGGCUACAGUAAUUGACAAGCUACUUCUGACAACUGAGUUUCCCUUUAAACUAAGUGAGAAAGUGUUGCAAGUUCUAAUCAACAUAUUUUUGUACCAUGAUUUCUCUGUCCAGAACUUUAUCAAAGGAUUUCAGCUGUCUAUUGUGGAGCAUUUCUAUUCCCAGCCCCUCAGUGUGUUGUGCUGCGAGCUCCUGGAAGCUAAGAAGAGAGUAUAUUCUUUAUCACACAAUCAGUGUGAAAACAUUCGAAGCCUGCCAUCUUUUAGAAGAUAUGUGGAAAGUCAAGUCUCGGAAAAACAAAUUGCACUUCUGACUGAGGACAGUUUUUUAAAGGAAGUAACACAGACAUUACUGGAAGACUUGCAUAUUUACCAUGAGAAUUAUUUCCCAGUUCUGAGAUGUCUUCAUGUUUUCACAACUUCCCUUCCAAAGUACCCUUUGGGAAAACAGAUCAGAGAGCUGCACUGUGCAUGUUUGGGAAAGAGAGUGUGGGAAACAGAUGAAUAUGGGUCAGCUGUUCAGUUACUGAGGAUGUUGGCUAAGGCUGAGUUGGUGGCCAUACUUCAAAAAUGUGUGGAGAUUUUUACAUCAUCUUCUGGAAAACAGUUUAGUAACACGGUAGAGAAACUGGGGGAGUUCCUGACACGGUUUCAAAAUCUGGAAGUAGCAGAAGCCAGUGAGGCACAAGAUAUGUCUGUGUCAUCACAAAAGGAACUCCAGAAGAAGAUGGACCUCUAUCAUCUUCAGAAGACUUUGCUGGAGUUGAAAGAAUCAAAAAGAUCUAAGAAACUAACCAAGUUUGAAAUGCUCAGAUUUGAAGUUGUUGACUUUAUAGACAGCCUGGUAAGAAGUUACCUUGCUCCUGCAGAGAUGCAGACCCUGAACGAGGUGGUGUAUUUCCACACGGCUAACGCCCUCCUUGAGCACUUGAAUGCUGCACCACGGAUUGCUCUUCACACAGCUCUGAACAACCCCUAUUGCUACCUGAAAAAUCAAACUUUGAAAAGUGACGUCGGAUGUAUUUCUAAUACUGCUCCUGACAUAUGCAUAGUGUAUAAACUUCAUUUGGAGUGCGGCAGAUUAAUAAAUCUUGUUGACUGGUUAGAGGCCUUUUCAACUGUGGUAACGGCGGUUGAGGGAACAGACCCAGAUUCAGUGGCCACAGACCAGGUGGAUGAAAUUAUCCACGCUCGUUUUAUUAGAGCUGUUUCAGAACUGGAACUCUUAGGGUUCAUAAAGCCUAGCAAGCAGAAAACAGAUCAUGUGGCAAGGCUGACAUGGGGAGGCUGUUAAAUGAUAGAACAAGUUGAGAAAGACCAACCAAUGUAUGCACACUGCCUGUGAAAGUUCAUUAUGGCAUAUGGGGGACAAUGCAGCCAUUGGGACAAAUUAAUCCCUUAUGUAACUCUACUGAUGUUAAAGGAGUUAAACUAAGGAUGAAAUUGACCUCUUAUGUACUAUAUUCUAAUAGCCAACAAAAUACUACCUCUUUUCUAUACAUGUUUGUAUGGAGUCAAGGAGUCAGCUUUAGUACAUGAUUUAAUAUUCUCUUAAAAUUGCAAAGUUCUGACCACCGUUCUGUACCAGUUUUCAUCUUCUGUUAUGUAUGAUGUGGUUUAGGCUGGGAGGCCAGAAUGCGAUUGUGUUGUGCGAUUUUCUUUUAAUGUGUAACCAUGAAUGCUGAAUUUAAUUUGCUCACUGUCUGGAUUUAAAUGGUCAUGUUAUGAAAUGUUCUCUAGAUACUGCAUAUUUUCAAAAAAUCAUUCUGCUGAGAAUUGAAAUAACAAGCCUCUGUGACCAGAACCCACUGAGCACUCCCCUUGCGGUGUGCAGUACCAGCCACUCUGAGCAGAACUAUUUGAUGAUCCUGGUGAUGGUGCCCUGAGAAGACUUGUCUACAUACAGAAGAAAACCAGGUUUCUGUGUUAGAAAAUAAAGGAAAAGUGUUUCUGAAGGGACAAAAACAAUUGUUCCUAUCCAAUUUGAUAACAUAGCUGGACAGUAAAUAAGACUAUUUCAAAAAUACUCCUUUAGCUAACCUGCAUUAUCAAUCAGAUUUCAUUAUCCGCAUAGGAGAUACGAGAAUAUUGCUCAAUUAGGAGUGUUGAAGGAAGGUAAUAAAAUACCCAUUUAAAGUACAAGGUCAUCAUUUCUCUUCUCUCUCCCUCCGUCUCCCCCACAGAUUUUUGUUCAUUGGGCGGUGGGACAAGCAAGGGAAACAGCUGUGUGGGAAUAAUGUAAUUGUUGACAUGAUUUUAUAACUGACAGAUGUUCAGCCACCAAUAUCACUUGGUAGAUGGAACAUUCCAAACCAUUUGUGCCCUGUGCAAGGAAUGAAACAAGUUUAACCAUGGGGCUGUCCUAUCAUAGUGAAGUGUAGACAUUAAGACUGAACCACUCCAGAUCACAAACCUAGCAAUUCUGAAUUGUUUGUAAAGUGCCAUCAGUCUGGAGGUACAAUGUGGGAGCCUAAAAUAAGGCUACACUGUUUCUCGGCAUUAAAAAUCUGCAAUACAGGUUUGUCCUGAUAUAGUAAUCUAUUGUGAUUUCUCUCCCCAGGAAGAUAAAUAGUUGAAGUAAAAAUGAUUUUGUGCAGUGUUUUUGACUUUUUAAGUUAAAUUGAAGAUCUCAGUAUGGAAUAGUGUGGGCAAGCUAGCCUACUUCAAAGCAAGGACCAAGGUUAUAUUUUUUCUGAUGAGCUGAUACCCCCCCAAAAGUACUCAGAUACAUUCUCAAUGUGGUGUGUGCAAACUUCAGCCCAGAGAGUCUUCUUAUCGUUACUAGGAGCUGCACAGCUAAAGGGUUAGUGAAUUUACUCCUAAAGCCCAACCAAUGCUUCCCAGCCCAACCAGUGGAAACUUUGACUGGUAAGUGCAUGCUGUCCAAAAAGUCUUCUACCCAUAAAAUCUUUAGUUCUUUUGGGGGGGAUGGGACUCCCCAGGUUGCCUCGUUUGCUGCAAUGCCGGUAAUUACAUUUCUGAAGAACCCACUUACUCAUAUGCAGAGAAAAAUAAAUUCUACACAUUUAUUUUGACUACUUUGCUCCUCUCUUAUUUUUGCCCAGUUUUUGUUCUGCACUUGCGCUAAUUACACUCUAAAUCUGUAAGUAGCUUUAACUUUAAAAAAUCUCUGUAAUCUUUAUCCUUGGAAGUGCUCAAUAAUCUACUAGUUCUUAGUGUUUUUCCUCUUAAACAACUGAAGUUCACACAUGCUUAGUAGCUUUAUUUUAAAGUGAGUUUUAAAAUUCCAUGCUUUAGCAAUGUGUCUAGCUGAUCAUGGAUGUACCUGAAAAGGCUAAAUGUGGUAGACUUAAUAGAAAUUACGUUUAAAUUUCUGUAAUAGGAAAAUAUACACAAAGGAUGUAUUCAGACAGACAUUUAUUAGCUAACUAUACAAUUCAUGGCAAUAUUGCUUAUUGUAGGAAGUCUUGUUCAAAUGCAACCCCUCUGACUCAAGAAGAUAUAUUGUUGAUGGGUUCAAUAGGGACUACCAAAAUGAGCCUGGCCAGAAAGAUGUCAGGUUUGAAGGUAGGCGAUGAAGCUAGUGGAUUCUCUGAAGAUAAGGGAUACCCCACAUCCCUUGCACAAGCACAGGUUAAAAUAUAUUUAUUUAUUUUUGGUGUAACCCUCUUCCCAUGCCAGUGUUGAUGCACAGGGUGGAUACCAGUCUUUUCCAUUCCUUUCUGUCAUUUGCUGCUGCUUCCAUUUGCCCUGUGGUGUUAAGAGAUACUCUAGGAAUUAUUUGGGGGAAGUGCUAUGGUCUGUUAUACAGGAGGUCAGACUCGAUCACAGUGGUCCCUUUUGACCUUGGAAUCUUUGAUAUUGAUGAUUCUGCCCCUCCCUUGUAAGGGUUCUCUUGCAUGCAUUGUUGCUUCACACUAGGCAUUUCCACUUGACAGCUUCAUGUGGGAGUCUUUGUGUGGGCCGCUAGACUACAUAUGCCAAAUAUGUCCAGCAUUUCCUUCUGAUUUGGGUGGAAACAAGCUGCUGGUGGGUGAUGAAGUCUUUCCAAACAAUAUCUUUUGUAGGCACUUAUUUUCAAAGGUGUAUAGUUUUGUUGAUCUCCAGCUCUCAGCUGUAUUUUAGCAUCAAGAUGGUUUAAUCUUGAUGAUCUCAACUGAAAAUUCUUAGUUUUGUGCUAGUGCUGUAUCUUUGAUUUCCAAGCAUUGUUGAGUAAAUGUUAUGGAUCCCUUUCCUAUCCUUGAUGUCACUUCCUUCUUGAGGUCACAGUUGGCUCAUAUGGUGCUGCACUCAUGUAGAUGAACUGUACUACUUCGAUGUGUUUUGCCUUUUAUAUGAUGCUAUUGUCGCACAUCUGAGUUUCAAGGAUAUUUGUUUUAGCAAAACUAAUUUUGAGCCCUGCUUCACCUGCUAUUUUUGCUAAAUUGUCUGCAGUUUCUCUU